AUGGAACAAUUAUGGAAAGAAGGAUUCUUUGGUAAAGGUAGUUUAAGUCGGAGUGAGCCUACCUGGUUUUGGAGAAAUAAUAAUGGGGAGAAAGGAAAGGGUAAACAAAAGUUAUCAGCUGAACAAGUAACGGAACAACGUAGAAUCGCUAGGAAACGAAACAAGAAAUCUCGUGCUAAACAGGCUCAGAAUGUGGAAGUUGUUCAACAGGAAAUAAUUAUCAAGGAAGAUGUCAAAGUUAUCAAUAUCGAAUCAGUAAAUACUCAAAAACAAAUCAUAGAAGAAUUAACGCAAGAGGAUGAGACGGUUUUAUCAGAGGACAUAGAGAACUUGAUAUUAACAACGCAAGAAGCAUUCUUUUUAUGUUAUGGUUUAGGAAUAAUCGAUAUAUACGAUUCACGAGAUAAUUUAUUGAGCUUAGAAGAAUGUUGGAAAUCAUUUCAUACUGCACCAAAUAUGAACCUAAAUCAAGAUGAUUAUGAAAAUUCGUUUAUCAUAAGAUACGUCGUAUAUCAUUAUUUUCGUAGUUUAGGAUGGGUUGUUAGAUGUGGUAUGAAAUUUGGUGUAGAUUAUGUAUUAUAUGAAAAGGGGCCCGUGUUUAAACAUUCCGAAUAUGCUGUGAUAAUAUUACCAAUUCAUUCAUCCCAAGAUUCAUCACAGUCCUUACAUUCCUGCGAUAAUUUAUUAAUAGAUUAUCGAAGUAAUUGUAUGACAUCUUGGAGCUGGAUGAUGAAUUUAAAUAGAGUUUGCGUACAAGUAAAGAAGUCAUUAAUCUUAUGCUAUGUAAUCAUCCCACCAUCAUCCAUGAACAAUGCCACGAUUACAGAAUGUAUAAAGAAAUAUGAUAUUCAACAAGUAUUAAUUAAAAGAUGCAUUCCAUCAAAAUUUAAAUAA